GACACUAGGGUUUAUUGCGGGGUAGUUAUUUAACCUCUCACGAGCUCUUUCUCGCAGCAGCUAUCCCUCUCCCCAGGAAACACCGCUCCGCGGGUGAAGCUCAUCGACAGCAACAAUGGCCUUCAUCAAGGUCCAAAAGACAAGGGCUUACUUCAAGCGUUUCCAGGUCAAGUUCAAGAGAAGGAGAGAGGGUAAGACUGACUAUAGAGCCAGGAAUAGGCUGAUCAACCAGGACAAGAACAAGUACAACACUCCAAAGUACCGAUUUGUUGUCAGAUUUACCAACAAGGACAUAGUUGCUCAAAUUGUAUCUGCUAGUAUUGCUGGUGAUAUGAUUCUUGCCUCUGCUUAUGCUAAUGAACUCCCUCGCUAUGGCCUUGAAGUUGGUCUUACCAAUUAUGCUGCAGCCUACUGCACUGGACUUCUCUUGGCUCGCCGAUUGCUCCAAAAGCUUGAAAUGGAUCAAGACUAUGAAGGAAAUGUUGAGGCUACCGGGGAGGACUACUCUGUUGAACCUGGUGAAAGCAGGAUGCCUUUCCGUGCUCUUCUGGAUGUUGGUCUUAUCCGAACAACCACCGGGAAUCGUGUCUUUGGUGCCCUGAAGGGUGCUUUGGAUGGUGGGCUUGAUAUUCCUCACAGUGACAAGAGGUUUGCUGGAUUCAGCAAGGAUUCCAAGAACCUUGAUGCUGAGGUUCACCGCAAGUACAUCUAUGGAGGACAUGUUGCAGCAUACAUGAACAGCUUGAAUGAAGAUGAGCCUGAGAAGUACCAAACUCAUUUUAGCGAGUACAUUAAAAAGGGUAUUGAUGCAGACAACAUUGAGGCUCUGUACAAAAAGGUUCAUGCUGCUAUACGCGCAGAUCCAAGCAAGAAGAAGUCCGAGAAGCAGCCACCUAAGGAGCACAAGAGGUUCAACCUAAAGAAACUAACUUAUGAUGAAAGGAGGGCUAGGUUGAUAGAGAGACUGAAUGCCCUAAAUGCAGCAGCCGGAAAUGACGAUGAUGAUGAUGAGGAUGAUGAGUGAUCAACAUACUCCAAAUCAUUUCUCCUAUAUUUCCAUUUUGUUUUAUCUUUCAUUUUAAUCGAAGACUCAAUUUUGCCCAAUCCCUGUUUUUUUCCCUCUGUUUUGAGUUUGUGAUUUACUAGUACUCUGGUAGUAAGAUGAAGUGAAAUACCUGUUUUUGUUUUGCUCAGAAGAUCCUUUAUUAGCGUUAAUGUUUUUUUGUACUUU